UGGACCUCUUUUUCUUUUCAGAAAAUUAAUCCAACUCUCAAAUCUCACCUCCAACUACGUACAAGAGGCAAAAAUUCGAAUCUAAAGAAUCAAAUCAAAGAUGUCGUGGCAAUCGUACAUAGAUGAUCACUUGAUGGCGGAGAUCGAGGGUAAUCACCUCGCCGCCGCCGCUAUCCUCGGCCAUGACGGCACCGUCUGGGCUCAGAGCACCACCUUCCCUCAGCUCAAGCCUGAGGAAAUCACUGCUAUCAUGAAUGACUUUGAAAAUCCUGGUUCACUUGCUCCUACUGGCUUGUAUCUUGGUGGUACUAAAUACAUGGUAAUUCAAGGUGAGCCAGGGGUUGUCAUCCGAGGGAAAAAGGGACCUGGUGGAGUUACAGUCAAAAAGACCACUAUGGCCUUAAUCAUUGGUAUCUAUGAUGAACCUAUGACUCCAGGCCAGUGCAACAUGGUUGUUGAAAAGAUUGGUGAUUAUCUUAUUGAUCAGGGUCUUUAAUUGUUUUGUAUUUUGCAGUGAAACCUAAUACAGGUAUCUGAUGUUGCUUUGGGGUCUUGGUCAUGGCAAGUAGAGUCUGGUGUUUGAGAAGAGAUAGUGUGAUCCGUUCCUGAAUUGAACAAGAGUUGUCUCUUUGCAUUUUCUUCUUAUGAAAAUUGUUAUUAAGAUUUCUUGUGAAUAAAUUAUGUAUUUUUGAGUUUUUUUAUGGGCAUUUGGAUCUGAUUGACAUAUAUUUGCAAGCAUAGCCUUUGGCUUUCCUGAUCAGCA